AUGAACUUCUUUCAUCCACCACCCACGAUCAAGGCAGAGUUGUAUCUGACUGUGCCCAAAAAUCUUCGAUGCAGCGACGAAAGCGAGUGGAGAGGCGGUUUUGCAGGAGGCUAUGAGAACAUUUUCCUCGAAGGCCCAACAGCCGAUGACAAAGGCAAUGUCUGGGUCACUGACAUUCCUCAUGGUCGCAUUCUGAGAUUCGACUCCAACCGUCAGGGGACUGAAUGUGUCAAGUACGAUGGCGAGCCAAACGGCAUGGCCAUUAGGCGGGACGGCAAAUUCGUCGUCGCAGAUUAUAAGCAGAUAUCUCCGCUUCUAACCCGAAGAAAUCUCGAGAGAUUCAAAGGCCCCAACGAUGUCAUUGUCGACUCCAAGGAUAAUAUCUACUUCACCGACCAAGGACAAACGUCGAUGGUUGAUCAGACUGGCAAGGUGUACCGUCUCUGUUCCGACGGAAAGCUCGAUGUACUCGUAUCGAACGGCAUCUCACCCAAUGGCCUGGUCCUGUCGCCUGAUGAGCAAUUCCUUUACGUCGCCAUGACUCGCUCGAACGAGGUCUGGAGACUGCCGCUUCACAAAGAUGGGUCAACUUCUAAAGUUGGUGUCUUCUUCAGAUCAUUUGGCAAUGCGGGGCCGGACGGCUUGGCUGUGGACGAGGAAGGCAGUCUGUUUGUCUGUCAUCCGAGUCUUGCUUCCGUUUUCGUGGUCGACAAGCAUGGGAUGCCUAAGGCUCGGAUUGCGAGCGCAGACGGGAUGAAUCUUACGAAUUGUACAUUCGGUGGCCCUGAUGGUAAGACCAUCUUCAUUACCGACAGCUUGAAGGGUAACAUACAAAAAGUGGAAUGGCACUGUGCUGGAGUGAGGCAAUGGAAGACCGCAGCGUCAGAGUAA